CGCAAAAGAUUAAAGAAAAUGGUAAAACAAAUAAACAUAAGUCAAUACGUGCGUAUGUAUUUAUAAGAAGUGGAAAGGGUCGCUUGGGAAAUGCCACUAUCCCGAAAUUGCGUGCAAUGAGCCAAACCGGUUGACGGAAAUAAACAUAUUAAAUUUAAGUUUUGUUGAUUUUGGGGGAGGAAAUGCAUUACAAAUAAAAAUAAAAACUGCAUGCGCGCCUCUACUUUAAAAUGACAAGAAUUUGCAAUAUACGUGGAUCGUAAACAAAAUCCGUACAUAUAUUUUUAUGUAGAUGCGUUUGCCAAGUAAUGUGUGGAUGGUUAGAAAUGUGGGUAUAUAAAGAAGUGGUAAGAAGUUUAAGUUGCGUGGUGUAUAAAGACUGCAACGAGACGUAGCUACAGAUCUUUCAACAGACAACAGUUACCAAGAGCGCACGCGUGAAAGCCAGUUGGCGGUUGAAAAUUCGAACGAUAAAGAAAGUAUUUUUUUGUUUUUGUUUUGAUAAAAAACAUAAAAUGUUUUUCAAUGUGAUUAUUCUUACGACUUUACUGAGUGUUGGUUUUCACUCCACCACAUCCUAUACGGUGCCAUUCCAAGUGUUAGGUGUACAGCAAGUUAACCCUAUACCAACAUUUGAAGAACAAGUGGCCCUUUGGGCUGCACACCAGCCGGUGGACAAUUCUGUGCACCACAGCGAUGAAGGAUUACCAUUUCAAUUGCAGCAAAUUAGCACAAUCGCAGACUUCGAUAAGGAACAACAAACCAUACAUGCGCAAUCGGGUGGAGUAGACAAAGUUCAUGAACAACAACAACAUCCCACUUCAACAGCUUUAGCGCCAGCUGCAGUACAAGCCAGCCAUGAAGAUAGUGCUGAAGUGGAAGAAUAUGCUGGGUAUUACGCACCAUUCUACGAUGAUCAAGUAACUGUUUUCCCCCAAAUGGAUGAGAGCGACUCUGACGAAGAACAAGAAGUUUGGCCACCCGUGGGAAUAUAUCCUCCACCACCACCACCGCCAGUCAGACCCACAUAUUUCCCACCGUAUUACCCUCCACAACAUCCGGUAACAAAACCACCAACACGGCCAACAACAACUCGUCCAACAAUUCGCCCUCGACCACCCACUUACCCUUCACUGUAUCCUGAAUAUCCAACAUCGCGCCCCAAACCUCCACACUAUCCACAAUAUCCAUUAGAACCAUUGCCACAGUAUUCGACUACCACCCAGCGCCCUCCAUACAUCACGACGACGCCAAUCUAUCAGAAGCCUGGUGGCGAAGAUGUUGCUGUGUUGGAAAAUUAUCAAGUCAUUUCCGAAAAGGGCAUUAAGGAAUAUAAAUUGCGACUGAGUAAUGGAUUAACGGAUUAUAAAAAGAUAACGAAGAAACAUAUUGGCAAGAAAACAAUUUAUGUGCAAUCUGGUUACUAUUCGGUGCCGGUGGAUCCAACGAAAAACAAGUUCAAUUUGAUUCAUUAUAUUGCCGAUGAGAGGGGUUAUCGUGUUACUGGAGUGCAAAGAUGCUCAAAUGAACACCCGUGUAAAGUUGUAAAUGAAUAAAAGGAGGAGGAGUCCAGUAUUAAAUCAAUCGAUCCUUUUUACAAAUUGUACCUAUAUAUAAGUUUAUAAAUGUAUUGAA